AUGGAGCAGGUCCCAGAACGUGGUGUUGGCGCGUUAGUUAAAGAAAAUGUUCAACUAAAAGUCACAAAGAACACAGCCAUUAAGUGCUUAAAAUGUGACAAAGUGUUUAUAUUUCCUGGUGACAAAGACGAGUGCUUGGCACACCUAUACCUCGAACAUCGUUUGGUUAUAGCAGAUGUGGAGGACAUAGCGCUCCUAGAGGAGUAUCUUCAAUACUGGCAGAAGGAGUUCCAAACACACGAGUUCGAACAGUACUGCACGACAAUGUUUUUGGAUCAGCUGCCAGAUGGGCGCUACUCCAAGAACGAGAAAUAUUAUCUGCUCUGUGACAUCCUGCCGCAGGACUUUGAGUUGCGCAAGCGCUUACAGGACCAGCGCCUAACUGCUGCACUAGAACAACAUCAGUUUGAGCUAACGGAUCGUAGCUUUAGCAAGGAGUGCCUUUUCUGUCGUACUAUCAUCAAAGGACUGCGCGCUGACUACUUGGAACAUUUGUUCACCAAGCACUUUCUGCUUGUCGGCAAGCCAGAGAACUUGGUGUAUGUGGACGAGUUGCUCGACCAGCUGGAGGAAAACCUAAACAAACUGUUGUGUCUGUACUGCGAAAAGAUAUUCAAGGAUAGGCCCACUCUGAAGGAGCAUAUGCGAAAGAAGGGUCAUAAGCGUAUAAACCCCAAUCGGCGUGAAUACGACAAAUUCUUUCUGAUAAACUACAAUCGCUCGAUUUUAAGGCCUGUGCCGCGCAAGCAGCCGCGAGAAGAGCGUAAGUCCGGCGCAUCUGAAGAGAAUGCCAGCGUGGACUUUGACAAGCACUUUGCCCGCCCGAACUCUGAUGCAGACUGCGACUCAGAUUGGUCCGACUGGGCAACUGAUGGCGAGCCUCAUGUCAUCAAGUGUCUCUACUGUGCCCACCAGGAAAGUCAGUUUGGUGUCCUGAAUCAGCACAUGAUCGAUGCACACCACCUGGACUUUGAGGCCGUCACCAGCUCUUUAAACUUCUAUCAGAAAAUCAAAGUUGUAAAUUAUUUGCGGCGUCAGCUCUGCUUGUUGCGUUGUGUUUGUUGUGAUUUGCAAUUUGAUGAGUUUGAGCUCUUGGCUGAGCACAUGGCUAACGAGUCGCAUUGUGGCAUUGGCGAUCGCUCGAAAUGGGACAAGCCGGAAUUCUUUUUUCCCUACAUUGAUAAUGACGGACUCUUGUGUGUGUUAGACGACAGCCCGCAAGACGACUUGGAUGCAGAUGUGGUUCGUAUCAUUUCUGAAGAUAGCGUAGUGCAGAUAAAUAAGGAUGCGGAGCGUUUAUCGCUAGAGAAUUUUAAAAUAUGAAUCCUA